AUGGAUAAUCAAAGUAAUAAUCAUCAUUCAGAAAUAGAAGGAAAUAAAGAUAUGUCUAUAAAAUAUAGAUCAGAAGCAAAUUAUGUCGACGAAGAUGUAGAGAAAAACAAUAUGGAAGAGGAGGAGAAAAAUAAUUUAAUUUUGCAUGCUCAUUCCAAAGACAACAUGAGUGUGAAAAGUCAUGGUGGUGUGACUCAUAAGUCAAGUUUUCUUAUUCAAGGGUUCGGUCGAGAUAUAUCAAUUCAUUGUCUUUUGAAAUUAUCAAGGUCUGAUUAUGGGUCAAUUGCCGCAUUAAAUAAGAGUUUCCGGUCACUAAUUAAAACAGGUGAAUUGUAUAAACUGAGGGGAAAAAUGGAUAUAUUAGAACAUUGGGUUUACUUCUCCUUUGAAGUCCGUCAAUGGGAGGCUUUUGAUCCAAAUCGCAAUAGAUGGAUGGACUUGCCUAAAAUAAAUUCUGAAAAGCUUCAAGUUUUUGGGUCAUUGGCAGUUGGUACAGAGCUUCUAGUGUUUGGAACUGAAUUAAUGGAUCUUAUCAUUUAUAAGUAUAGCCUUUUGACUAAUACAUGGUCAGUUGGAAAAAUGUUGCAUACUCCUAGACGCAUGUUUGGUUAUGCGAGCCUUGGUGAAAUUGGCAUAAUAGCCGGUGGUGUUGAUGAGGGUGGAAAAACCUUGAGCUCGGCUGAACUUUAUAACUCUAACACUGGAAAAUGGGAGACCCUUCCUAAAAUGAAUACGGCUAGAAAAAUGUGUUCAAGUGUAUUUAUGGAUGGAAAAUUUUAUGUCAUGGGUGGGAUUGGAGCAUACCAUAAAACAUAUCUUACAUGUGGUGAAGAGUUUGAUAUGAAGACAAAAGAAUGGCGGGUUAUAGACAACAUGUUUCCGAUACAAAAUGCGAUGUUUGGAGCACCAAUCAUUUUUAGCUCAUUUCAUUCAUAUGCGGUUGUAAAAAAUGUAUUGUAUGCGGCUGAUUAUGCACAACAAAAAAUAAAAAAGUUUGAUAAAGACAACCACUCAUGGGUUACCAUUGGAAUAUUUCCCAACCAUGACACCCCAAUGGAUGUUUGGGGCCUAUCCUUUCAUUCAUGUGGAGAUCGACUGUUAUUUUUUGGAGGUUGUAAUAUUAAUGGCAAGGACAUGAUAGAAAUUAGUUAUUGGAUUGUAGAUGAAGGUGCGCCACAUUGGAAACUACUAACGAGAAAGAAAUCAUGGAACUUUAUACAUAAUUGUGCUGUGAUGGGAUGUUGA